CGAAAGGUCACGACGAAGAUGGCGGGAGCAGGGGACGGAGAACCCGCCGGUGGCUUAAAGGACGACGACGUGGUGGCGGUAGGCUCCAUUUCGAACGUCCUUCGUCGCGCGUUCCUUAACUACUACACGGACGACUUUGACAAGAACUUGAACGCAGAAUGGGCGGACGAGGCAACCGUGUCCCAACCGAGCGAGGUGGCGGACGCAUCAGGUCAAGAAGGAGGAGGGCAGGAACCGGCAAAUCAAGUUGAACAAGCAGAACCUCGUAUUGCACCGGACCAUCCCUACUUGGUGCAUGCCAAGGAACGCGUGGCUUCGAUUGAAGCCAACUUGCGGGAGAAGCUGACCCAAGCGUCCGAACUUAUGGCCCUUCUCGAGUCCCGGCGGCAGGAAGCGGAGAAAAAGGACGAGCAGCAAGCUCGUGCCUUGAUUGCUCAGGGCCUCGUCGUCAAGGCUCAGAUUCCCAUCGGACCGUCAAACUUCACGCUUCAUGCGGACGAAUUGAUCCCGUUUGGCGAGUUUGCCAAGUCGCUCGUCCAUGCUCGCGAUUUGCUCCAAGCCAACCAUCAACGCAUGUUGGACCGGUCGGGCAACGGUCCUACGGCUCAAAUGAAAGCGGCAAAAGCCGCGACAGAAGUCCCAGGGUACCUCGCAUCCACAGCAAGUGUGAACAUUCGGCGAGGAAUGACGCUAUCCAAAACCACCGCUCCCAGCCAUAACACUAUCGACGACAACGACGAAGAGUACGUGAGUGAAUUUGUGGACGAGGCGGUGCCCCCGUCCCCAUCCAAAAAAGUCGCGAAGGUGAAGAGGACAGCGCCAUCGACGAAGCCACCGCCGUCACUCAGCACCGAAGCCAAGCUGCUCAAUGACAGGAUUCUCGCACGAAUGCAGAGCACCCUCCAGUUCACACGCAACCCACGGUACGACAAAUCGAACGACAAGAUCCACGAACUUGCGUCGCCAUUCUCGGUCGAGCCCAACCCUGUCGAGUUUACGUCGUACGACAUGGGCGGCAUCUACGAGCAACUCGUCCUGAUCAAGAACGUGAGCACGUUGUCCGGGCGAUGUCGCAUCCUGCCCCCGUCGUCUGCGUUCUUCAUGGUGGCGUCCGUGCUGUACCCGGACGCGUCCGGUUUGAUUGCGCCGGGGUUGACCUGCCAGGUGCGCGUGCAGUUUGCCCCGGACACGCGCGCCGACUAUAGCGACAUGUUUCUUGUCAUGGUGGAGACCCCAAGCGGGACAGACAUCCCACUGCAAAUCCCCCUGUUGGCACAUCGCGACCCGCCGCAAUUGUCGCUCCCCUCGACGCUCGUUGCGUCGUGCUGCCUCAUCGGCGGCACAUCCACGACGACCAUUUCGUGCUUGAACUCGGGUGGCCGCGGCCGGUUCUGGUUUCUGUCCGAGGCAGAUUGGGCCGUCGCCGACGCCCCAAACAUCCUCGACACGAUCCACGCGCUGCAACAUCAUCACACCAACGAGCUCUCGACCGGGCCAUUCACGCUGUCUCCGUGCGACAUGGAUCUCGACUCGGGCGACUCGACGGACCUCACGCUCGUGUACACCCCCACGACGGUCGGGACCGAGUCGGCGACGUUUUACGUCGUGUGCGACAACUGCCUCGUGAAACCAUUCAAGCUGGCCGGCCGCGGGUGCGAAAUCGACGUUGCCCCGGUCACGAUCAACCAUGUCCCGAUGGAAGUCAGUGUUGCGUCGAUGGGGCCCCUCGACCGGCUGCUCUUUUCGCCCAUCAUGACGCAUGCCACGGCCACCCAGACCGUUCAGAUCAUCAACCGCACGCCGCUGUCCCUUCCAUUUGCGUGGGUCGUGGCGAGCCAAGCCGUCCAGCACGAUGACAACAACGACGCGUCGGCCAUCGACGUCCCGUUUGAGGUAACACCAGCACGCGGCGUCCUUGAGCAAGGCGCGGCCGCAACCUUUGUCGUUCGGUUCGCCCCGACUAAAGUCGACGCGUUCUGUGCCUUGGCAUCGCUCACGAUUUGCAACGUCCCGCCCCACUGUUUGCCUCGAGUGCCCCGGCCGCCGCAAAGGCAGAGUGUGGCACCGCUGACUACUGUCGCCGCGAUCACGAUGACGUUGGAAGGCGCGUCGAUGCCGUCCGCGAUUCAAGUGACUCCAUGGAUUGUUUCGUUCGGCGACGACUCAACGUUGGGCAACGAGGUGACCGCGCCGUUGGUGAUGGCGAACGACGGCCCAACGGCCGUGGCGUUUCGAUGGGGGCGCGGUGCGACCGAAGGGGCAACUUGCCAUGUCUCGCCACGAGAAGGCGUCGUGCCAGCUUGCGGCACGGCUACCGCCAUGCUCCACGUCACCCCGCAUCGCACGGGGCCGUACGGGUUUCCGCUCGCGUGUUCUGUCGACAAGGACGCAUCGUCCGAGGUGGUGGUGUGGGUCGAAGGGUUCGUGCCGCGGCCACACAUUCGUCUGUUGGCCGCAGAGAUCGAUUUCGGACUCGUCAGCGUCGGCCACACCGCGACGCAAACGCUUCGCUUCCAGAACGACAGCCAAACCGUCGCCCGGUAUCGCUUUGCCCACGUUGCGACCAAAGGUGGCGCGAUCGUGCCGACGUUGAAGCGGUCCAAUUCGACCGACUCGAUGGCGUCGUCGAGGUUCUCGUACGUGAGCUCGUCCGAUGUCAGCAGCACGAACGACGACAAGCCCGACGUGCCGCACAAAUGCGUCAUCGCGUUCGUCCCGGAGCACGGAACGCUGCAACCCGGCGAAGUCGGGACCGUCCAAGUCGUGUGUUCGAGCGGCAAGUACCCCGAGCGCUUUCGCGGCUCGUUUCAGUGUGAGCUCGUCGACGAGCCGUCGAGUGCCGCGUCGUGCAUCUCGGCUCGCGGCGAGAUUCAGUGCCCCCAAGUCUACCUCAGUCAAACCAAAGUCGCGCUCGGCACGACGUACAUUGGCGUCCCCGUGACCCAUGCCCUGUCGCUUGUAAACGUGUCCAACCUGCCCGCGCCGUUCAAGUGGGUCGAACCCCAAGGCAAGUCGAAAGCGUACUCGAUCGAGUUUAGUCCGCGCACUGGAACGCUCGAGUCGAAGCAGUCGCUGGCGAUCACAAUCACGUUUACGGGGCGGGCGCCGGGGCUCACCGACGUGGUGUUUUCGUGCCAAGUCCGCGGUGUGUUGGUCCCUCUCGGGUUCGAGCUCGUCACGCUGCAGAAAGGCCUCGUCCUGUCGUACGACCUCGUCAAACCCGACGACAGUGUUCCCCAUGGCGCAGUGUCGCCCGACGCGCCGGUCGGGUCGAGCCUCCCCAAGCUCCAGUUUGGCGAGGACGUGGCACUGUUUGCGCGCAAGUCGCUUCGCCUCGUCAUUCGAAACCACAGCGGGAUUCCAGCCAAACUCACGUUGGAAGCUCGAAAGUAUCACACGGCGCUCGAGGAUGGCGCGACGACCCAGUCGUCGCCGCUCGAGCCUCGCGACAGAGCGUUCCAGUCCGACGCCGGUCGCUGCUACAAAUUGAACCAGGCCAACGUGCAUCAGGACCGCGCGCUGCUCAGUGCCGGCCACGGCGUCGCUCUCCUCUGCGCCCCGUCCUCGGUCUCGAUCGCGGCAUGGGAGCAAACUGUCGUGACCAUCACGGCAUUCAACAACAUGUCGGGCAGGUACGUGGACGAUGUCGUGAUCAAGGUCGAUACGAUGCCGCCCGUGCGGCUCAGCGCCACGAUCAACGUCGUCGGGUGCCCGCUCAGCAUCAACCCGAACUGCGUCGGGCUCCGUCUCCACCACGACCCGCGCUUCCCACUGCUCGAGUACGGCACGUUGCCGCUGCACGCGGACGCCGUGCCACGCAAAGUGCAAGUGAUCAACACAGGGCCGAUUCCCGCCCGGCUCACAUGGAAAUUCAUCGAGUACCCCGAUCCGGACCACACCGAGCGCGCAGUGGACGUAACCGUGCACGUCGGUCCGCGCGGCGUCGUCGACGUCCGCAUUCGGCCCCACGUCAAGAAGGACGAUGGUGCGGGCAUCGCGGUCCCGUUCAGCGUGGAGCCGAUGGAGCGAGUGAUCGCGAAGCACGACCAUGCCAACUUUGUCAUGACGUUCCUGCCGCAAUCGUGUCCGUUGGGUGUGUCGAGGGCACUGGUCGUAGCCGACGCCGAGUGGCUACACGGCGACGCGCCACCAAGGCCAGACUCGGCGCUAUCAAGCGGCACCAACAGCAACCAGAGCUCCACGACGUCUCUCAUGAUGGGCGCGGUCGGCAAAGCCAUCAAGGCCGUGCGACUCACGAACGCGCUGGGCAAGGCCAAGCCGGGCGGCGCGUUGAAUUUCAAAAGCGUUGGGUGUUUGCAGCUCGCGGUCGCCGGCGAAAUUGUCCCGCCGAGGCUGCACUGGGACAAGGGCUCGUCGCUGGCCACGUUUACCACGUGGUCGCUCCAUCCCGCGACCCAUUCCACAACGUACCAGUCGCUGCAACUGGUGAAUCGCCUUGCAACCAAACUCACGUUCCGCCUCGACACGGCCGGUCCAUUCGCGAUCGUGCAAGCCACGUCGGCCGCCGUGAACCACCACCCGCUGUCGGCAACCAGUGUGUCCCCCGCCCAGCGUUCGUUGGCAUUCAACCAGCACCCGACGCCGAGCUUUACCCUUGGGCCGAGUCAAAGCGUCCAAGUGCAGCUGCAUUUUGAACCACCGCCGCCUCCGACGUCAACCGUCGCGCCCCUGGUCACGUCGUCGGGGCAGCUGUGUAUUCGAUUCAGCCACGGAUCUGUCCAGACGAUCCAUCUCGAGGGGCGCAUCCUCCGUCCCCUGCUCGUCUUGGCGCCGUCGCAAUUCAAGUUUGGGCUCGUGCACUGCGAACGAACCCACACGGUUCGCGUGUUCCUGUCCAACCCGACCCAAGUCGAUGCCCACUUUUGCGUCCACCACGCGCCGCAACUUGCCGCGCCGACCGCGACAGUCGACGAUCCGUCCGUGUUUCAGAUCGCGACGACCGCGGGCACAGUGUUGGGCCCAACGCUACCGCUGCACACGGUUGGCGCGACCGUCCCGUCGCCGUCCCCAGGCUACGCGGCCGCGAUCCAUGCACCGAUGGAAAUCCUCGUGACGUUUGCACCGGCGCUCCCCAAGAAGUACAAGUCGCGGUUCCGUUUUGACGUGAAAAUGGGCAGCGGCUUCGAGUUGGUGCUGGAAGGGGAAGGCACACUCGUGGAGCACAAGCAACCGCCUGGGUCAAGGUCUCUCCCACGGGCAGCACCGCUACGGCACUCGCAUUACAUGCUUGGCAAAGUCCACGAGUAAUCCGAGGGAUCACGUUGUAUCGUUGGCAUUGCGCCGCCGUCGAAAGAUGUCGCCACGGCGAUCACCGGCAUCGUGGCUACACGAGAAGGGAGGGGAAUGGCAUGGUGCGGAGGGUGCGGAAUGACCGAGAAGAGUCGUUGAGAGCGCUUCGACGACUCCAGCACCGACUGGAAGCUCGAAAAACGUUCAACAACGUGAUGGAGAACGGCAGGCUCCAUGUCUACCGGCUGAGCUCGACUGUGCUCAUGUCACACGAUGUCGACCACAUCGCACCAACGCAAACGCCAUUGACCGCGAAGAAACGUGGAGAUAAGUUACGAUUAGAGAUGGACGCGCGCGAGUCUGCUGCCGACAUCGCACGAUGACGAGGGGGCGGACGAUAAAUACUUUCAACGACGGAGGCGCCGAUCAUCACACACACGACUGGAUCCAGUGGUGCAAAACUUCCUUCUCUUGGUCCCCCAGCAGUUCAUACCCUUCGACUUCCGGCAACGUCGCGGGUGUUUCGCAGCACGUCAAGUGGUGCCAGUCGAUCCCAAUGUUGCCGUUCACGUGGUGAAAGAUGAUCCCGACGCGGAUGCUACCGGUCUGAAUCGCGUCGCGACAGGCUUGGCACGUCGACGCACUGUUCUUGGCGAUGCCCAGGAUCGGGAGUUCGCACCGCUUCCACGGAUUCACGUUGGUCGUCGCUGGCAUCGCUCUUGGUUGGCGCCGUUCAAAUUCACGACUCCCUCACAAGAGAAAAAACCGGGUGAAGGGCCAGGUAAUUCC